CCGCGCGGACCCGGCCGGGAGCGGGGGGCGGAUGGAGGCGUCCCCGGAAGGGAGGGCGCCCGCCGCGGCGCUGGCCGCCGUGCUGAAGCACAGCUCGGCCUUGCCGCCCGAGCGCGCCCAGGUCCGGGGCUACGACUUCAGCCGCGGCGUGGACUACCGCGCGCUCCUGCAGGCCUUCGGCACCACCGGCUUCCAGGCGACCAACUUCGGGCGCGCCGUGCAGCAAGUCAACGCCAUGAUCGAGAAGAAGCUGGAGCCACUGGCGCAGCAGGAAGAUGAGCACGCAGACCUGACUCAGAGCCGCCGCCCGCUCACCGGCUGCACCAUUUUCUUGGGCUAUACCUCCAACCUCAUCAGUUCAGGCCUCCGGGAGACCAUUCGUUACUUGGUGCAGCACAAUAUGGUGGAUGUGUUGGUGACCACGGCCGGGGGUGUGGAGGAGGAUUUCAUCAAGUGCCUGGCCCCCACCUACUUGGGCGAGUUCAGCCUCAGGGGAAAGGAACUCCGGGAGAAUGGGAUCAACCGGAUUGGGAAUUUGUUGGUGCCCAAUGACAAUUACUGCAAGUUUGAAGACUGGCUGAUGCCCAUCCUGGACCAGAUGGUUCUGGAGCAGAACACGGAGGGUGUGAAGUGGACGCCUUCGAAGAUGAUUGCCCGUCUAGGCAAGGAAAUCAACAACCCGGAGUCAGUGUAUUAUUGGGCCCAGAAGAACCACAUCCCCGUGCUGAGCCCAGCGCUCACUGAUGGCUCAAUAGGAGACAUGAUCUUCUUCCACUCCUACAAGAACCCAGGCCUGGUACUGGACAUCGUGGAGGACCUGCGGCUCAUCAACACACAGGCCAUCUUUGCCAAGCGCACUGGGAUGAUCAUCCUGGGUGGAGGUGUGGUCAAGCACCAUAUUGCCAACGCCAACCUCAUGAGGAACGGGGCUGACUACGCAGUAUACAUCAACACGGCCCAGGAGUUUGAUGGCUCUGAUUCGGGUGCCCGGCCUGAUGAGGCUGUGUCCUGGGGCAAGAUCCGGAUGGAUGCACAGCCGGUCAAGGUCUAUGCUGAUGCCUCUCUGGUCUUCCCCCUGCUCGUGGCUGAGACCUUCGCCCAGAAAGCAGAUGCCUUUGCCCCUGAGAAGAAGGAGGACUGAGAAGAACCGGGAGGAGCCAGGAAGGCCACGCCCCUUUAUUUAUUAGUUUGUACACAAGCCCCUCCCAACUCCAUGGCCCACACUGUCUGGGGAAUAAAUGGUCUCUGUUGGUG